AUGACGAUGAUGAUGACGACGAGUUCAACCGCAUCAUCCGCCGUCGGAAACAAUUCGAUCGCGUGUACUCAUAAAACGCGAAACGUUGUUUCUUCCAGAUCUUCGAUCAAAACGCAACAACACCAACAAAGAAAAGCAAUCUCGAUGAGUAGGAAAGCGACAAAAACUUUGACGAGAAGAUCUCAAACGAGAAGAGGCGCUUCAGUCGUCGUUUACGCGAGUCAAGACGAUGGAUUCAAAGUUGCCGUUUUAGGCGCCGCUGGUGGUAUCGGGCAAUCGCUCUCUUUAUUGCUCAAAAUGAAUCCGAUGAUUUCUGAGUUAGCGCUGUAUGAUGUCGGACAAAUCGUCAAAGGUGUGGCCGUGGACUUGUCUCACUGCAACACCGCGUCCACCGUGAAUGGUUUUUGCGGCAACGAAGAGCUCGGAGAAGCUCUGAAAGGAUGCGAUUUAGUCAUCAUACCGGCGGGCGUGCCUCGUAAACCGGGGAUGACGAGAGACGAUUUAUUCUCCAUUAACGCCGGCAUCGUUCGAGAUUUGACGCAAGGUGUGGCCGAUCACUGCCCGAACGCAGUCGUGGCGAUUAUUUCCAACCCGGUAAAUUCGACCGUGCCGAUCGCGUGCGAAGUGAUGAAGCAAAACGGGAAAUUCGACAAGAGGAAAAUUUUGGGCGUGACGACGUUGGAUAUCGUGAGAUCGGACGAAUUCGUUUCGACUUUGAAAGGUUUGGACGUGAACGACGUGGACGUGCCGGUGAUUGGUGGUCACGCCGGUAUCACCAUCUUGCCGUUGUUGUCGCAAACGUUCCCGCAAACGUCGUUUAGUGAGAAAGAAACGGAAGAUUUGACCAUUCGCAUCCAAAACGCCGGGACGGAAGUCGUCGAAGCUAAAGCCGGUGGCGGUUCGGCAACUUUGUCCAUGGCAUAUGCCGCCGCGCGUAUGGGUGAGGCUAUUUUGAGAGGCUUGAGUGGCGAAUCUGACGUGUACGAGUGCUCGUACGUUUCCUCCGAUAUUGUUCCGGACAUGCCGUUCUUUGCGACCAAGUGCAAGUUGGGCAAAGAAGGCGUCGAAGAAGUGUCGCCGAUUGGCGACAUCACCGCCUACGAACAAGAAUGGUUGGACAAAUUAAAACCAGAGUUGAAAGCGCAAAUCGAUAAAGGAAUUUCCUUCAUCGCCGAUGCCCCGCAAAAGAUUUAA